UCUUCUUCAUCUUCCUCCUUUUCUCCCUCUUUCUUCCUGCACUUCGUCUUUCAAUUUUUCCCCUUUUUCUUUUCUUAUUUCUCCUCUUCCAUUGCUAUUUCAUUCCCGAUUUUACUCUUAUCAUCCCAAACAUUUUGAUUUUCAUGUUAAUGCUGAUGCUGAUGAUGACCCCAAAUUGUUUCUCAAAUUUGUUAGACAACAAUCCAAAUUAGGUUUUUCUGAUGUUGAAACCCCCCUUUCUCUUUUCGAUCAUAUGAAAUUGAUUCGCCCACUUCCUGGUAUUAUCGAUUUCAAUAUGCUUUUUUCAUCCAUGUCCAAGAUUAAACCCCACCCCCCUUUCUCCACUGUCAUUUCUCUUUACAGGCAGCUCUUUUUCUUAGGUCUUCGUCCUGAUCUUUACUCCCUUAACAUCCUUGCUAAUUGCUACUGUCGUUUGAACUUUGUUGAUUUGGGGUUUUCUGUUCUCGCCAACAUUAUUAAACUUGGUUUUCAACCUGAUAUUGUCACCUUUACUACUCUCAUCAAUGGCUUCAUUCACUCUAAUCAAUUUGAGAAAGCCGUUCCAUUGUUGGAUAAAAUUCUCAAGCUUGGCCUCCAACCCACAUUAGUCACUUAUGGUUCUAUGUUCAAAGGUCUCUGUAGGUCCGGUGAUAAUGCCGGUGCUCUCAAACUCCUUAUAAAUAUGGAGUCUUAUGGCCAUUUUAUGCCUAAUGUUGUCAUUUACAGCACCAUCAUUGAUAGUCUCUGUAAAGACCAGUUAUUACCUCAGGCUCUCCUCCUUUUCAAGGAGAUGAAAGUCAAGGGAAUUUCCCCCGAUGUUUUCACCUAUACUACCUUAAUUCGAGGUAUGUUAACUUUGGGACAACAGAAAGAGGCUCAACAAAUGCUGACUGAGAUGUUAAGGAACAACAUAACUCCUGACAUUCAGACCUACAGCAUGUUGAUUGAUAUGUAUUGUAAAGAUGGCAAGGUUGGUGAAGCCUGGGACAUUUUUGAAUACAUGACUAAGACAGAUUUGGCUCCCAAUAUCAUCACUUACAGUGCUCUGUUAGAUGGAUACUGUUUACAUGGUGAGAUGGAUGAGGCAGAAAAGCUUAUGGAUUUGAUGGUUGAAAAUGGUUGCAAACCUAAUGUAGUUACUUACAACAGCUUAAUCAAUGGCUAUUGCAAGUCUAAAAAGAUUGACAAAGCUCUUGGCCUGCUCCAAGAGAUGCAUUUUAACGGAUUAGCCCCUAAUGUUAUCACGUACAACACUCUUAUAGAUGCUUUGUGCAAAGACAAUCAGCUCAAGCUUGCACACCAGUUUUUCAAGGAAAUGGAAGCUCAUGGACUAAAGCCAGAUGUAAUAACUUGGAACUCAUUACUUGAUGGCAUGUGUAAGAAUGCACAAAUUGAUGAGGCAAUUGCAACAAUGAAAGAAAUAGAGACUACUGGAGUGGUCCCAGAUACUUUUACAUACUGUAUUCUUAUGGAUGGUUUGUGUGAAGCUAAGCGCCUUACAGAAGCAGUGGAUAUUUUCACUUCUCUGCCCGCGAAGUGCUUACAGCCCGAUGUAUUCAGUUAUAAUAUUAUUGUAAAAGGAUAUUGCAAAGAGGGUUUGCUUGAUGAAGCUACUAAACUUGUAAAGGAAAUGGAGGACAAUGGGUGUUCACCUGAUGAGUGUACCUACAACACUAUUAUUAAAGGAUAUCUUUAUGGCAAGGAUAUCAGCAAGGCAUUGGAACUAGUCAGUACCAUGAGAAUUAAAGGGUUUGCUGCGGAUGCUUACGCGGCUUCUCUAUUUCUUAGCUUCAUAACUGAUCAUGCUGUUAGCGAUUCAGACAAGGCUUUGCUUCGAAAGUACUUUGAGAUAUGAAUUGUAAGGUAUUUGGCUUUUGAUAAUUUUAAAUUAUGGUUUAUGUUUAGAUCCUGCUUCUCUGGUUAUCUAUAGUUUUAUAUGAUAUGACGAUGUUACUAUAUUACUUGCAUUGUGUAGUGCUGAGGUUGAAAUUUGACUUAUGAUUAUGGUUAUCUAUAAUAUUAAUGGAGUAUUGCAUUUGGAGGCUUAAAAGUAUCAUGUAUCAAUUUUUAUUUUUUUUUUUUUAUCAAGUAAUCGUUGCAUCAAGCUUUUAAUACUUUUUGAAGUCACAUUGGGCAUGUCUCUUAUAGUCACAUUCCCCCCCCCCCAACCCAACCCUCGGUUUCCGUGGUUAUGCUUUCUUCCAUACUAAGGGUGAAUCUAUAAGUGUUGAAGCUAUAAUUCCUCAUAUUAGUAAUUCGCAUAAGAGAUGCAGUUUCUCAGUUUGCUUAAGUGUAGUUCAACGAAAUAUGUGGAGUUUUAGGAAAGAAUGCUCUGCUAGCUUAUAUUUUAUGUUUUGCUGUUUCGUUUUCUGGGGCAUU